AAUCCCAACCCUUUUGCUACUGUCGCUGUAACACCUGCCCUACUUGCCACACGCCACAUUACUACCAUUUACCCACUCGCUCAGUCGCCACCACCUAACCCACCUGCCAUGGCCUCUCGCUUCAUCGCUGCCUCCAUCCCAGAGAUGCAGAAGCCCCGCAUCUCCUGCACAAAGUACCUCGAGCGCCGUAUCAUUCAGGCGUGGAAGUCCUUCAGCCAGAGCACCCGCAAGCACGAGCGCGCGUCGAUCCUUCCUGAGGACUUCGUCCUCAUGACUGCGCGCCGCCGCAGCGUUCGCUUCACCUGAGCGUGUCAAAUGCGCGUUGGCACGCUGAUCAUCCGUUUCACUCAUCCAUAACCGACGUCAUGUCCACGCCUUUUCCUCGUUACUCUAUGGACAGUGGGCAAAGAUCGUACCCUGAUAUCUUAUUCAUGCCUGGGGGACUCAUUCACGAGGUGCUCGAUGCACCUCAAUGCACGGACUACGUUCACGUCUCACAUCCAUUUACUUUACUAAUACAGACAAAUCCUCAUGUAUCUAUCCAAUUGAACUUUAGGUGUAUCGUAGGCGUAUUCUGCAGAUUACGGACUUGCUAAUAUGUAUUCAUUAUCUG